CACUAUAUUGCCCAAAGUAUUGGGACACCCCUCCAAAUCAUUGGAUUCAGGUGUUCCAAUCACCUCUAUGGCCACCUAGGCAAGCAGACUGCUUCUACAAACAUUUGUGAAAGAAUGGGUCGCUCUCAGGAGCUCAGUGAAUUCAAGGGUGGUACUGUGAUAGGUUGUCACCUGUGCAAUAAGUCCAUCCGUGACAUUUCCUGGCUACUAAAUAUUCCACGAUCAACUGUUAGUGGGAUUAUAAUAAAGUGGAAGCAACUGGGAACAAUAGCAACUCAGCCACGAAGUGGUAGGCCACAUAAAAUGACAGAGCGGGGUCAGUGCAUGCUGAAGCACACAUUGCACAGAAGUCGCCCACUAUCUGCAGAGUCAAUAGCUAAAGACCUCUAAACUUCGUGUGGCCUUCAGAUGAGCACAACAACAGUGCAUAGAGAGCUUCAUGGAAUGGGUUUCCAUGGCUGAGCAGCUGCAUCCAAGCCUUACAUCACCAAGUGCAAUGCAAAACUUUCAAUGCAGUGGUGUAAAGCACUCCGCCACUGUACUCUAGAGCAAUGGAGACGUAUUCUCUGGAGUGACCAAUCUCGCUUCUCUGUCUGGCAAUCCGAUGGACAUGUCUGGGUUUGGUGUUUGCCAGGAGAACAGUACUUGCCUGACUGCAUUGUGCCAAGUGUAAAGUUUGGUGGAGGGGGAUUAUGGUGUGGGGUUGGACUUGGUCCCUUAUUUCCAGUGAAGGGAACUCUUAA